AUGGCUGCCAAGGGCAAGAAGGGAGGCAGCGAUGGCAGCGGUAGCGCAGCGAGCAGCCCCAAGAACCAAGGCCCAGGGAAGAAGAACGCGACGCCAAAACAGGACAAGGGCAAGAAGGCAGCCGUAGGCAAGGACAAGCGGCGAGUGAGCUUUGCAGAUGCCUCGCAGGCGCAGCUCUUCACGCGCGGCAUCAACGAGAGCGUGGUGCCCUUCCCAGCCACGUCCGUGCCCAUUGGACUCAACACACCCAUCUGCAAGAAAGAGCGCUGUGCAGGCUGCGCUGAUUGCACCUUGAAAGUCCCGACGAAGAAGAAUGAUGGCGGAGAAGAGCUCGACUUUCGACUCGGCCCAAAGAAGCGCCGCCAGCUUCUCAAGCAACAUAGGUUGUCUGUGGCCAAGGGAUUGCUGCAGCUGAACAGCAACGUUGCAUCUGAGCGCGAAAAGGUGUUCUGCAAGUGCAAGGGCAAAGUGUGCAACCCAGACACGUGCGCGUGCGCCAAGGCCGGCAUUGGCUGCCACCGCCAGCCAGAGGGCGGGGGCGGGUGCCUGUGCUCCUUGGGCGUGUGCAACAACCCGCAGGAGCCCACAUAUGAGUCCAACGACGAGCGCGUGCUGGAGAACAUGGCCCGGCACAUCCCCGCCGCCCGUGCUGUGCUGCGCCAGCUGCGUGCCCGCAAGAAGCGGCUGGAGCAGCGCAAGGCGCGCGUGCGUGCGGUUGCACAGGGCCAGUUCCGCGGGAAAUUCACCCCAGCCCACUUUCUCAAGUCCGACACAGCAGCGGCGGCAGCGGCAGCGUCAUCGUCGACUGGAGGGGCGGCGGGUGCGCGGAACAAGAAGAUGAGACGCGCGAUGCAGCAGCAGCAGCUGAAGAUGAUCAGGGAGGAGGGCGUGAGCACCGUUGGCGGUGGCCAGGCCAAACAGCACCAGCACCAGCAGCAGCAGCACCAGCAGCAGCAGGAGGGCAAGAAGAAGAACAAGAAGAACAAGAAGGGCCGCAGCAACGGCGGGAACACGGGGGUGGUGAUGACUGCCAAUGGCGGCGUGCAGUUUGUGGUGGCCUCGAAGAAGAGCAAGCAGGCUGUCCAGCUCGGCGGGAAGAGGAGGAAGGGGAAGCGGGCGCGAGGAAAGAAGCAGCGCAGGGCAGGCAAGCGGUGA